GACAAUAUUAACUGUUAGACAACCACUAGUGGAGCAUAGUGAAAUAUCUCUGGACCUGUUAACAUGUGCCGAACAUUAGAGCAUCUGCCAAUCACCUGUCUGGAAAGGGCAAAGGAGCUAAAGGCUCGGUUUGGAGGUUUUCUCCUGAAGCAAGAGCUUAAUAUCAUGGGCCACUCUCAAAAAGCUGACAAACUAACAUUAGAGAACAGGAAAAAAUGGAGCCAGUCUUUCCAUGAACUCCUGGCUCACAAAGAGGGACUAAGUGCUUUCAGAGCAUUUCUGUCAUCUGAGUACAGUGAAGAAAACAUCGCUUUCUAUCUGGCCUGUGAGGACUUCAAGAACACAAAGAAUUCCUCCAAACUGUGUCCCAAGGCCAAAAAAAUCUAUGAAGAAUUCAUUUGCUGUGAUGCACCGAGCGAGGUUAAUCUGGAUCAUGAAACUAGAAGUAUCACUCUGAAGAGUAUGGAGCACCCCACCCUCUCCUCCUUCAGCUUGGCCCAGAGCAAAAUUUACACCCUCAUGGAGAAAGAUUGUUACCCUCGUUUCCUAAAGUCAACCGUCUACCAGGAACUCAUCGCCCAACAUGUGGGUUAAACUAUCCAUGGCUGUAGCAUGGAAGACUCAAGGGUCAGAAACAAUGGAAUGUGUCACAGCCAAACACAGCAUUUGUGUGAUGUGACCAGGGACUAAAAACAAAAUGUUUUUCAUUUUGGUUCUUUCGGAGCAAAAACUGAAUUUUUUCAUUCCGGUUCAGAAGUUCCAUAGCCUCCUUUCCAAAAGGUUACCGAUUAGAACUAAACAAAAGAAUGGUUAAUAACAAUCUUUUAAAAAUGAAAGUAAUCUACUCUAGGGGUGGGUGAAAUACCUAUCGCAGUGUUGCCAGAUCUCACAAGAGAAACAAGCAACAUGGCCUGGAAAAACAAGCCCAAAAUAAGCCAGUUGCCUCACCAAAAUAAGUGAAAAUUAGCAAUUUUUUUUUCCCUAUGAGGUGGACUUAUCAAGAAGUUAAUUAUCAGUUAAGGAUAAUUUUAUUUACAGAUCUGCUGAGUCAAAACCCGGCAGCAUCAAAUCUGUGUUAUCUGUAAAUCAUAUCUAACAAUAAUACAGUGAAGACUUGGAAACAACUGAGAAAGGUACUUUUUAUUCUAAUAAUGUUUUCCUUGUACCUAGAUUAGCUGUGCAUGUACAUGUAGUAAUUAUACAUUGUUAUUAAUAAGGUCUUCAAUCAGAGAAUGUGACAUCCACAACGGGCAAUUAGGCAAAGAAAUAUGUGAUGGAGUAGUUUCCUUCAGUAUCAAAGCACAUGUAUGAUUUUUUCAGGCAAUAUUAAAUGGUGUAGCUCCAAAAAUGUACUGUGUUAAACCUUUUGGCCUUUAGAUUCAUGAAAAAAUUAUCAGAACAAUUGAAAAACACUUUGCUCUGGUUUUUGGUUACGUUCUGCUAAAAAUGAUGUUUGUUUUUGGUUUUGGUUUUCAUUCCUUGAACCGUUUUUAGUCCCUGGAUGUGACUGUUGUUGAAUGAAUCUGAACCUGUAUCAUGGGGUUCAGGAGGACUUAUGGUGGAGACACAGACUCAAAGACUAGACUGGAAGGACAACUUGUGGAUAAUUGAGUUUAUCAGUGCAGUAGUGGAGCACACUGAUGAAGUUUGUAGCACUUGGGAGUUUUUGUGAAAGUUGGAUGACUUUUGCACUUUUAUGUAAAACUGUUUCUUUUUUUUGUAUUUUGUAUUGAGUAUUUAUUAGAGUUAUAUUGAAAAUAGUAUUAAUUAUAUUUGAUGAACAAUUGUUAUUUAUUGAACUUUCAUGUGGGGAAAAAGU